AUGGGGCGCUUGUUUUGGUAUAGUUUCGGCGACCUUUUAUAGGUCGUUCCGUUAGCUGGCAUUUACGUAGUCUACCUGCGUCUAGCUUGUGAAACGGACCAUCGUAUAAGGUGUCAACCGUAGACGCGGAAAUGCACUGUGCUGAUCAAUCCUAAUAGUAAAUCGACUUCGAGAGGCAAAGCGGCCGGCCAAGCCGCUGGGCGCUUCGCGUUCUUGUGCAUACUGCAUAGAUUGCGCGAUAUACGUUUCUGGCGCGCUGAAACACGAUUUGGAGAUGCGUCCGAUCAAUCGGAAAUUCAGUUUCGCUUCACGCGGUCGCAUACCGCAUUUGGCCGAGCGAACAGGAUCUCGGCUGCUGGGCACAUACGGACCGUGCUGAAUUAAAGCAUGAGGACGCGAUGAACCCGAACGCGCACCGCCAAUGUCCCCGGAAGAUAUGCUCUCGAUUGAGAUUCUGGAAAAUCGGGUCGGAAGGUCGUCGCAGCGGUGGCCGCUUUUGGAGAUCGAACGCGUCAUUGAAUAUCUCCAGUUAUCGUUCGACGAUGGCCCGAGUUGUCGCGGCGCUCUUGCUGUGUGUGUUAGGCCAGCGCAUCGAAAGCGUCUGCAUCCACAGGAACUUCGGAAAAGGCAGCACGGUUUGCGUCUGCGACAGCGUGCAGUGCGACAUGCUGGGGCGGAUACCGAAGCUUGCCGCCGGCGUCGCAGCUGUCUAUGAAAGCAGCAAGGAUGGAUCGAGGUUUCUGUCAACGACCAUUGAGUUUGUGCCGCACGAUAGCAACCGUACUGCGCUCUCCUCAACGACAUCGAGGAGUCACAGCGUUAUCAAGAUUAAGCAAGAAAACAAGUUCCAACACAUAUUCGGAUUUGGUGGUUCUUUUACGGAUUCCGCUGGUAUCAACAUCCUCAGCCUGCGCGAACCUCUACGAGGUAAGCUUCUCGAGUCGUAUUUUUCCGAGGAAGGUCUCGAUUACAACAUGGGAAGAGUGCCCAUUGCAAGCUCCGACUUCUCCACUCGUGUGUAUUCCUACGCCGACGUUGCAAAUGACUUCAAACUUCUCAAAUUCAGCCUUGCCCCCGAGGACAUGAGGCUCAAGAUCCCACUGAUUCAGGAAGCGCAAAAGCUAAAGACGACCGACCAGCUGUGGCUCAUCGCCAGCCCCUGGAGUGCCCCAGCUUGGAUGAAGACGAACAGUGCCAUGAGUGGUCGAGGAACUUUACGGGGCCAGCCGAAUGGCAUCUACUACAAGACCUGGGCACAAUACUUGGUCAAGUUCCUCAAUGCCUACCGCGACCGCAACGUCACCUUCUGGGGCAUCACAGCUCAGAAUGAGCCAUCGUCUGGUUUCAUUCCAUUCUACUCUUUCCAGACAAUGGGCUUCAGUGCCAGCUCCCAGCGAGACUUCGUAAAAUUUGAUCUCGGCCCUGCUCUCGAGAGGGCGGACUAUGGACCCAACAAACUCAAGCUGAUGAUCCUGGACGACCAGAGGAUCUUUCUGCCAAACUUUGCCAAUGUUGUGCUGCAGGACCCCGAAGCCUCCAAGUAUGUGGCGGGCAUUGCCUUCCACUGGUACUGGAAUCACAUGAAGGGACCUCAAGCCUUGGACGAGACCCACGCUUCACACCCUGACAAGUUUCUCCUGGCAACGGAAGCAUGCGAAGGUGCUACGUCGCUCUUGAGGAACAGGGUCAUUCUUGGGAGUUGGAGCCGGGCUGCCAGCUAUGCAUACGACAUUAUUCACGACAUGCGCCACUGGACGACGGGCUGGAUCGAUUGGAACCUGGCGCUGAACACAAGAGGGGGUCCCAACUGGGCACGCAAUUUUGUUGAUUCCCCGAUCAUUGUGAACGCCACGGCCGGAGAGUUCUACAAGCAGCCCAUGUAUUAUGCCCUUGCCCACUUCACCAAAUUUGUGUCCCGUGGCUCGAAGCGGGUGGACUGCGGCUCCCAGCGGCGACUGGAAACUCUGGCUUUUGUCAGACCGGACAAUGCGACGGUCUUGGUGGUGAUGAACAGGCGUUCUAUCGAACGGUCUUUCACUGUGGUUGAUUCACAGCUUGGAAGCUUGAACUUCAGUAUUCCUGGUCAUGCGAUUCAAACUUACAUUUGGUGGUCACAAUAGUGACUGCUUGUCCACCGAGAAGAUUUCCACUUCUAAAUUGUUUAUUCGGACUCUACAAUAAAUAUUCUAGCUAAGAGACAGUGUGCCUA